GGCCAGGUGGCCACUGGCAGCCAGCAGGCGCAACAUGGCACCGACGGGGGCAGGCCCCAUGCCUGGCUGGACAGGGCAGGAGAGUCUGGCUGAGAGCGACCCUGAGAUGUGGACCCUAGUCCAGAAGGAGAAGGAUCGGCAGUGCCGGGGGCUGGAGCUCAUCGCCUCUGAGAAUUUCUGCAGCCGGGCAGCACUGGAAGCCCUGGGCUCCUGCCUCAACAACAAGUACUCGGAGGGGUACCCUGGCAAGAGGUACUAUGGGGGAGCCGAGGUGGUGGACCAGAUCGAGCUGCUGUGCGAGCAGCGGGCUCUGGAGGCGUUUGACCUGGAUCCUGUCCGCUGGGGUGUCAACGUUCAGCCCUACUCGGGGUCACCAGCCAACUUCGCAGCCUACACAGCCCUGCUGCAGCCCCACGACCGCCUGAUGGGGCUGGACCUGCCUGAUGGGGGCCACCUCACACAUGGGUACAUGUCGGACAUAAAGAGAAUCUCAGCAACAUCCAUCUUCUUCGAGUCAAUGCCCUACAAACUUGACCCAGCCACAGGGCUGAUUGACUACGACCAGCUGGAGGUGACGGCACGGCUCUUCCGUCCUCGUCUCAUCAUCGCCGGCACCAGUGCGUACGCCCGCCUUAUCGACUAUGCUCGCAUGAAGAAGGUGUGCGAGGAGGUGAAGGCGUACCUGCUGGCGGACAUGGCGCACAUCAGUGGGCUGGUGGCAGCCAAGGCCAUCCCUUCGCCCUUUGAGCACGCGGACCUGGUCACUAGCACCACACACAAGACCCUGCGCGGUGCCAGGUCAGGACUGAUCUUCUACCGCAAGGGUGUGCGCUCAGUGGAUAAGAAGACAGGCAAGGAGAUGCUUUAUGACCUGGAGGAUAGGGUCAACUUUGCUGUCUUCCCCUCCCUGCAAGGGGGGCCCCACAACCACGCCAUCGCUGCCGUGGCCGUGGCCCUCAAACAGGCCAGCUCGCCAGCUUUCAGCCAGUACUGCCAGCAGGUACUGAAGAACGCCAAAGCCAUGGCACAGGCCCUGCUCCAGCGUGGGUAUACCCUGGUGUCAGGUGGCACCGACAACCACCUGGUGCUGGUGGACCUGCGGCCCAAGGGCAUCGACGGCGCGCGGGCUGAGCGCGUGCUGGAGCUUGUCUCCAUCACUGCCAACAAGAACACGUGCCCGGGGGACAAGAGCGCGCUCACGCCAGGGGGGCUACGCCUGGGUGCCCCUGCGCUGACCUCCCGCCACUUCCGCGAAGAGGAUUUCCAGAAAGUCGUAGCUUUCAUUGACGAGGGCAUCAUGCUGGCCCUGGAUGUCAAGAACAAAACCAGCAAGCUCCAGGAGUUCAAGACCUUCUUGCUGCAGGAUGCGGAGAUGCAGCGCCGCUUGGCUGACCUGCGCCAGCGCGUGGAGACCUUUGCUCGUGCCUUCCCCAUGCCUGGCUUCAGUGACCACUGAGCGGGGACUCUCGCCCCUCCUGCUGGGCCAGGAAUACCUGGGGGCAGGGGGAGGCUUAAAACCACCCUCUGCAUUUCCCCAUUCCCCUUCGUCCCCCACCAGCACCUUUGGGAUCAGGCACUCCCUCCUGGGGGUGGGGGGCGGCCCAC